CCAAAAAACCCUAAAAAUGAAAUCGUUCUUCGUAGUUGCCCUCUUCGUGGCCGUUGCCGCCGCCGCCCCCCAACAACGUGGCCCUGAUGCCGACGCCCAGGUCCUCAGAUACGAUGUCGACAACAUUGGAGUUGAUGGAUUCAGAUACGCGUUUGAGACCUCCAACGGCAUUUCACAACAGGAAGAGGGUCAGCUGAAGAACGCCGGAAGCGAAAACGAGGCGAUCGCAGUCCGCGGCCAAUACUCUUACACCGGCCCCGACGGCGUUGUCUACACCGUGACCUACGUCGCCGACGAGAACGGCUUCCAACCCCAGGGCGCCCAUUUACCCGUCGGCCCACAAUAAUAGCAUAAAAUUUCUCGCUACCGCCACCCCCAAAAUCUAGUCCAAAAAUACUCAUCCCCCCCUCUCCCCCUCCCUUUUAAGUAGCGAUCUGUGAUACGCUGCCGACAUUGUUAAUAAAACAUUUUACGUUUUAGUACUUUUAUUUUUCAUUUUCUAGCACCAAGAGUCGAAGUUGAAUCUUCUGCAGUUCUUGUAGAAUGCGUAAAGAUUGUAAUAAAUGUACGUAGUAUAAAUUAAGAUGUAUAGAGAAUUUAUUAAAGUGUGAUAUUAAAUUUAA